AAUCUGCAAACAGCAUACACACACAGACCCUUAUUCAGCAUAAAUUUCAUCAAGAAUACAGCAUGAAAUUCACUUAUGGGGGAGCAGGUGUCCGGUUGCACGACCUGCACUCAGGCCCACCAGUGAUAGUUCCGUUAUUGGCAGGGACCUCCUCCCUUUCUGUGUUUCUCAAGAAUUUGCUUUAUGGCAGACUGUAAAAUUCGACUUUCUGAAUAUUUAUAAAACAAAGGUUUAACUCUCAUCCAAGGGCUUCUUCAGUUCAGGAGUCACGUGACAUUGCCAAUUGCCUCGGUAACCUCUGUUAUCCCUAUAUUUUAUACACUGUAAAUGAGCUGAGAGAUCAUCAGUGGCUCAAAUAUAGGGGGCAGACUAUGUGUUCCUAGGUGGGGCCGGGAGAGAGGGACCCAGGGAGAUUGCUUAUGACAGUAUUGGUGGAUGGGGAGGCCCUGGGCUGUCCCAGCUACACCCCUGGAGAUCAGAAUGGGAUGACCAUAUAAUAUAAUGGGCUAAGGUGUUAUAUGGCAGUAAUAAAGGUGACUGGGGCUUUUUCUAUAAUUACACAGUGUGUUUGAUUAUAGUUUCAUUGUGAUUUGCUUCUCUUCCUUGGUGCUCUCCUUUAAAGGGAAACUAACACCUGAACAUGAAAACAUUGCUUCAUGCAUUUCAGAGGUCCUAUAUCCACAGGUGGGGGGGUCAUCGGCUGAUCCCCAGAACAGACUUCGGCACUUGUCAGCCUGAGAAAAGGGGCUCAGCAGUCAGGAGCAUCUCUUGUUCUGUGCAGGACGCCAUGGCAAAGCAGUUGCAGGCCCGGAGGCUGAAGGGAGUGGAUGAGAAUAUCUGGGUAGACCUGGUCAGUUUGGCCGCUCAGUACAAACCAGUGAAUCUGGGGCAGGGAUUCCCAGACUUCCCCCCGCCAGCGUUUGUGAGAGAAGCCUUUGCCAGGGCCGUUACUGAGGAGCCACUGCUGAACCAAUACACACGAGCCUUUGGACACCCCCUCCUGGUGCAGAACCUUGCCCGACUCUUUGGCCAGCUGCUAGGGCAGGACCUAGAUCCUUUCUCUAAUGUCUUGGUGUCAGUGGGUGCAUACGGGGCCCUAUUCUGUGCAUUCCAGGCUUUUGUGGAUGAAGGUGAUGAGGUUAUUAUCAUUGAGCCAUUUUUUGACUGUUAUGAGCCCAUGACCAAGAUGGCCGGAGGGAAGUGCGUGUUUAUCCCACUCAGACCUAAACCCGCAGAGGCUGGAGUGCCCAUGACUAGUGGGAGUUGGAGACUGGACCUGGAAGAGCUGGCUGGGAAAAUCAGCCGUCACACUAAAGCCCUUGUUAUAAACACUCCUAAUAACCCCCUGGGGAAGGUCUUUAGGAAAGAGGAGCUGGAGGAGAUUGCCGACAUCUGCACAAGGCACAAUAUCUUAUGCUUUAGUGACGAGGUGUACGAGUGGCUGGUGUAUGAUGGGAACCAACAUGUACGCAUUGCCAGCCUUCCGGGCAUGUGGGAGCGCACCAUCACUAUCGGCAGCGCCGGGAAAACCUUCAGCGCCACCGGCUGGAAGGUUGGCUGGGCCCUAGGGCCCGAUCAUCUUCUAAAGCAUUUACGGACAGUCCACCAGAACUCGGUGUAUCACUGUGCUACGGCCGCCCAGGAGGCUGUGGCUCAGGGGUUGCAGAGAGAACUGGAGCAGCUGGGAAAGCCAGACAGUUACUUUGUGCAGUUGCGAGAUGAACUGGAGAAGAAGCGAGACCGCCUGUACCACUGCCUGAGGGAGGUGGGGAUGGAGCCGAUAAUGCCGCAGGGAUCCUACUUUAUGAUCGCCGAUAUUUCCCAUUUCAGGACUGAGGUGCCCCCUCCUUCAGAUGCCAACAUACCUUAUGAUUACUACUUUGCCAAGUGGAUGAUGAAGAAUAAGCACUUAGCGGCCAUACCCGUGUCGGCAUUCUUCAGCGCACCGCACAAGAAGUACUUUGAGAACUUCCUCAGGUUCUGCUUUGUAAAGGAGCACAGCACUCUGGAGGCUGCACAGAACAUAUUAAAGAACUGGAGAAAUGGGUCGGCAGAUCAAGGGGAGAUGUGAUUCUGAGGGUUACUAUCAAUAAACACUGUGUAUGAGAAUAA